AUGGCAAAUAAUAAUGAAAAUAUGACUUUCAAGGAUAUUUUAAACAGUAGGGAAAAUCAAAUAAAUACAAACAUAUUGAAUGAUAAUAUGAAUAAUUAUUGCAAUUCAUUCAAUAUUAAUCAAAAUUCAGUAAAUAUAUGUAAAGGAAAUACCGAAUUAUAUAAUCAAGGGAUAAACAAUAAUAUCAAUAUGAACUCUACUUCAAGAAAAGAUAAUGUAGAAAUAUAUGUUGAAAAUAUGCUUAAUGAAUUAAAAAAUAAAAUGCAAAACUUAUCAAAUAAUUUAUUAAGUAAAGUUGAUAAUAUGGAAAAGUCGUUAGAAAGUCUAGAAAAUAUCAUGUCUACUUUUUCAAAUAAAAGUGAAUUAUAA